GAAGUAAAAAUGCGUCCGUAGGUGUUGUCACUCAUUGGAAAGAUACCAUGGCAGCAACCAAAGCCUCUAAAGAGCAGAAAUACGACAGGCAGCUCAGACUGUGGGGAGAUCAUGGUCAAGACUCGCUGGAGAAUGCACACGUUUGUCUCAUCAACGCCACAGCAACUGGGACAGAGAUACUGAAGAACUUGGUACUUCCAGGUAUUGGAGCAUUCACUAUUGUUGAUGGACACACCGUUUCUGGGGAAGAUGCUGGAAACAACUUUUUCCUCAGCAACAACAGCAUUGGAAAGAACAGAGCACAGGCUGCCACUGAGCUACUACAAGAACUUAACAGUGACGUCUCUGGAAACUUUGUCGAGGAGAGUCCAGACAAGCUUCUGGACAACGAUCCAGAGUUUUUCCACAGGUUUACCAUAGUCAUCGGUGUCCAAUUGCCAGAAAGCACAUGUUUGAGGCUAGGCUCAGUCCUGUGGAGUGCCUCUGUACCUUUCCUCGUCUGUAAAAGCUACGGCCUGAUCGGCUACAUGAGACUAGUGGUGCAGGAGCACACGGUGAUUGAAUCCCACCCAGACAAUGCCUUGGAGGACCUGAGGUUAUACCAGCCUUUUGCUGAGUUCAAGAACCACAUUCAGUCCUACGACCUUGACAGUAUGGACAAAAAGGAUCACAGUCACACACCUUGGAUUAUCAUCGUUGCUAAGCACCUGGAGAAAUGGCUCAGUGAGCACAACUGUCAGCCACCAAAAAAUUACAAGGAGAAAGAGGCCUUCAGACAGUUGAUUCGAGAAGGGAUCCUGAAGAAUGAGAAUGGCGUCCCAGAGGAUGAAGAAAACUUUGAAGAAGCUAUUAAGAAUGUCAAUACUGCUUUGAAUCCAACCAAGAUUCCCGGUGCUGUUGAAGACCUCUUUAACAGUGAGCAGUGUAACAAUAUCACAUCACAGACCCCGUCCUUCUGGGUGAUGCUGCGAGCGGUCAAGGAGUUUGCUCUCAAUGAAGGCAGUGGAAACCUACCUCUACGGGGAACCAUCCCAGAUAUGAUCGCAGACUCUGAGAAGUUCAUCAACCUUCAGAAUGUUUACAGGGAAAAGGCCAUGCAGGAUGCCGCAGCUGUUUCAAAGCAUGUAGAGAGUCUAUUGCAAUCUGUUGGAAAGCCACCAGAGAGCAUCUCUGAAAAGGACAUCAAGCUGUUCUGUAAGAACUCAUCCUUCCUGCGGGUGGUGCGCUGCAGAUCUCUGGCUGAAGAAUAUAGUGUGGAUUCAGUAAAUAAAGAUGAAAUCACCUCAAGCAUGGACAAUCCAGAUAGCGAAAUGGUCUUCUACCUCAUGCUUCGUGCUGUUGAUCGCUUCUAUCAGCAGCACUCCCGCUAUCCAGGAGUUUAUAACUACCAGGUGGAGGACGACAUCAGCAAACUAAAGCUCUGUGUGAACAGCCUAUUGCAGGAGUACAGCCUCAACGUCAACAUCAAGGACGACUACAUCCAUGAGUUCUGUCGAUAUGGUGCAGCGGAGCCACACACAGUUGCUGCAUUUUUGGGAGGAUCUGCUGCUCAGGAGGCCAUCAAGAUCAUCAGCCACCAGUUUGUGCCCUUCAACAACACUUUCAUUUACAACGCAAUGUCACAGACCUCCGCUACAUUACAGCUGUGAAUACAGUUACUGAUCCCGAGUUUGCUUACAGAUGUUAACAGAGAAAACAGCAAGAUCAAAAGAGACAUUUACCAACUUGUUUUCAUAAAUCUAAUCUGAAAGUAGGAAGACAAAUUGCAUUUUUAUCACAUUUAAAUGGGAUAACUGCCAAAAUGUCUGCACUAAAACCUAAAAAUGCAUCUCAUGCAGAAGAUCAGGUCAGGACUCUUUAGACCAUUGACCAGAGAGCCUUGUCUUUGAAGGGGAAGAAAUCAGGAUAGCACCCAUAGAUUAUAUCUUUUUUGUGGCAGUCAUCUUUAAACAAAGCUGGCACUGAAUCUAACAAUGUCAGAACACUUAUGUGGUAUUUUCUCCUGUGAAACUCCACAUUUAUGUAGCAGCACUUUGUAUACUUCAGUCACAACUGUCUCUUAUUGUAUUGUGUUUGGAUCAAGGUGUAAGUUUUUUGAUCAAAAUGGAAAAAAUAAAUAUGCUGUAUGUAGUGUUUAAGUCUCUUGCAUUGCUAUAAAAAACAUUAAAUAUUUAACCGGA